CUGACUCCUCUUUGACCAGAACUAUCAACUGCCUCAUCGCCGCUAGCAGCCAUGGGUGCUUAUUACGACGAGAUUGAAAUUGAAGACAUGGCAUGGGAUGACGAGAAGAGAGUCUAUCAUUAUCCAUGUCCCUGUGGCGAUCGUUUCGAGAUAUCUCGAAAGCAACUUGCAAGCUAUGAGGAUAUCGCAACAUGUCCAAGUUGCAGUCUGGUGAUUCGUGUUAUAUAUGAUCCUCUUGACUACGAGGAUGAGCCCUCAGAUGAUGAGGACGAUUCUGCGGCGGCAAGUACCGAAGAGUCCGAGGAGGAGUCCGAUGACGAGCAGUUUGAGGAUGCUCUCGAGAACCUCCACAUUUCAGACCAGGCUCAGCCACAGCCCACGGCAAUAGCUACUGCUGCAUGAGCCACGCUCACCCGGUGCGCGGAACUCCAACAUCCCAUUGGUGAUCCGACCAUAUUCAUCUCCGUUGUCUCUGCUUAGUACCUUGGCUUUGCAUGGAAAACAUACGACAUGCGUUAUGUGCAUGGCCGCUCCAACCGCCCUCCCGGCCUCCACGGACGCGCCGUUGGAUGUCUUAGCGGAGAUGAUGAAUCUCUUCCGAUUUUGGAACGGCGAAUGUACUAUAUACCCAGACUCCUUGUAUUUUGGAACAUGAUUGGUUGACACUGGAACCCCUUAUUGCGUGGUAUGACUCUGCAACUCACUUUACCUCAUGUUGAUACAAUUUGACCUAGAUGCAACGAGGAAGCAUGGUGUCUCUGGAGUCUAGAGGUUCAUUCGAUAUGUCUCCUAAGCCGAAGAGUCGCGUUGCGGCCCUAUUGGCUAUUACACGGCAACGGCUGACAUCCGUGCUACACAUUGAACAUGCUGGAUGUUCAUGUUACCGACAUUUAGAAUGAACCAGGCAAUUCGUUGACAGGUUGAGUGCAGAUGAUGCGUUCUUCUCCAGGCCAAGCCGCACGGCGAGGCGAUAGCUCGCAGAGAAGCACCUUCAUAUCGGGUCGUAGACUCCGUUUCACUUUCAAAUAGCUGCCCCUGAAUGAAUCUUGUUCACCUAUGAUAUCCAUGAUGCUCUCGGUCUGAUAUCAUCUUCCCCGCUUCUCAUCACAAUUCGCCUGACUUUACCACUAGGUAUUCGAUCGAUUACAGGGUCAUAAGAUUCGUACAGACGCGUUAAGCGAAAGUGCAUUCAGAAUAUGAUACAGCAGUAUGAUAAAGUUAGUUCCAUCCAGUAUGGUAUGAUGCAGUGGGUAUUUGAAUAACAAUACAGUGAUAG